AUGUCUUUUAAAACAAGUAUAUACUUACCUCUAAACAAGCAUUAAUAAAUAUAAAAGCGACACUAAAAUAACAUAGGUAAAAACAAGCUAGUCUAAGAAUCAUACUUAAAAGGAAAUUUUAUUUUUUACAAACAAGAAAACUAUUUUUCUCCAACUCUAGAAUAACUUAUUAAAGUAUUAUUAUAAAGUUGUAUAAAAAAAAUAUCCUACUGCACAAAAAAGAGACUCUAAAUACCACUUUAUUCUAAUGUUUGUAAUACACCCCAUGAACAAGUUGAAUUCUCUUAACAAACCCAUACUUUAUAAUUAUUAUAGAUUAACAAUAUUGAUGAUGAUGAGUUUUAAAUAAAUUUUACAGUAUUAGGUCUGAAUGAAAAGUAUGCAAGCGUAUAUUGUUCAAUUGAACAAAAUUAGGUUAAAGGAACAGUACAGAUCUCUUUUUAAAAAAUACAAGUUAAUUUGACAAUUAUGAGUUAGGAUUCGGAUAAUAUAAAAAUCUGUUUAGAUGUAUUACUGAGUAACAUACUGUCAACUUUAAACAUUAAAGGUUAAAGCAUUAAUUUCUUCGCACUAUUAGACCCUAUUAAAGAUAAAAUAGAUAGUUAAUUAUAAUAAUCCAAAAUAAUCAGUCUUCUAGUAGAUUCUUAAUAAAGAAUGGUUUUAACUGAGAAAUUAUGCAAGUUAUUCACUAAGCAACUACUAACAAUUUCCACUUUAUCACAACGAAAUUAACAAUAACACAAUUUAGAUUUUUAUGUAAUGAAAAAACUAUUGUCUGUUAUUGGGACAAACAUAUCAGUAUCAGUGGGUAAAAUCCUUUACACGUAUGUUAAUUUUAUCAAAUCUAAGGGAGUUUGUAAUUUGUUCAUAGUUUAGUUUGUUUAUUAUAAUAAUACUUAAUGCAUUUAAAUUUUAGCUUUUCAAUAAUUGGUUUAUUUAUAUAUUAGGUUAUUUUUAUAUGCUUUUUAUAAAAUUAUCUCACUUAUUAUAUAUAUCUAUAUUUCGUUCGCCUAAAAUAAAGGGAUUUUAAUAAAGUAAUAUUAAAUUAUUGAAAUCAUAUUUUAACUAAAAUACAGGGAAAUUUAAUAUUAUAUAUUAGAAACAUCGAAAAUACUUUUCGCCUAGAAUACAGGGAAAUUUAAUAUUAUAUUAUAAUCAUUGAAACAAAAUUUUCGCCUAAAAUACAGGGAAAUUGAAUAUUAUAUAAUAGAAGCAUUGAAAAUAGGUUUCGCCUAAAAUACAGGGAAAUUGAAUUAAUUUUUUAUAAUUUUUAAUUAUGUUACAGAAAUUUAAAAAUGA